GCUAAAGUUAGACAAAGACAGGAUAUAAACAUUAUGUGCAUUUAAAAUAAUAGUAUUAUAAAUCACAAAGUUGAUUGUUCGCAAGAUUCAAGUUUUAAUGGUCGUAGGUAUUUAGUUUAGUUAAUUCCAAAGUUGACAUAGAAUGUAGUGGCCUGUUUGAGUUUUAUUUUGUGUGGAAUUUGUUAUAAAAUGGAGGAUAAUUUUAAGAAAAGGUGUCGUAAGUCGAGGUUGGUGCCACGGGAAUGCUUGGAUACCGAUGACGAAUAUAUAGCAGUUAUGCAGAGGGCGGCGGGAAGACGCCAUUUUGUUUAGUGACAGCAAUAUUUGUAAGGUGAAAAAACGGGUUUGAGAAGUACCACAAAGUUUGCAAGGUACCACAAACAGUCCCCUGACUGAUCAUACAAAUAAGAUGGCUCCCAAAAUCAAACAAUCCCGAGAGGAAGUAUUGAAGAAGAAGAGAGAGGCAGAGCGUGUGAGGUACUACAGAAGAAAAAAUGACCCGCAGAAACGAGAGGAGAUGAGGGUGAAACAAAAUGUGAACUAUGAAAGGAGGAAGCAGACAGGUUUGAGGAAGCUGGUCAAGGACAUGACUCCCAACGAGCACAGCACAGCUCUACAGAAGUGGAAGGAAUACUGCAGAGUGUACCGAGAAAGGAAACGGAUUCAAGAGAGCCACAAUACUGAUAUUGAUGAAAUAGAGGAGACCAUAGCUCGGAUGACGUCAAAUUCCAUCCUCAAAAAGCUGAAUCAGAGAAGUGAAGACAAUCUGAAGUUUGAUGUCAAAGUUGAAGUUGAGGAGGUGGAGGAACACCAGACGAACGAUUUGAACAUAACCAUCGGUUCUGUCGUUAGUCUGAAGGGCACAGCCGAUGAUGCACUGGGCGCAGCUGAUGAAGAACAGAAUCUAGAUGACACAGCCGACACGAAACUGCUGGUCCGUGAAUACGACUUCAAAGCUACAACUGUUAUAGAUGAGUUGAACAAAAUGAAAAACAUGACUAAUAUAGCCGAUGUGCUCAUAGAUGUGAGCGUCAGGAACUAUUUUGGACGAUAUUUCUUUAAAGUCGAUGCCGAGGUUAAGGAAGCCAAGUUGCUGGUGGUCUUCGCCAAGUGGCAGACCUGGUGUAGGAUGAACCCUGACGAUAGAGACGCUCCUCUCCUGUACAAGUGCUAUAUAUGCCGUCGAUCUUGGUGGCAUUACCAUGAAUUCAGAGAGCAUUUCCACUGUCACGACGAUUUCAACUUGGAUAUAGAUCAGUUCGGCCAGGAAUGUAUCGUAUUCGCCUACAGCAAAGAAAUACAACAGAACGACAUCAGCGUCAUCGGAAACUGCUGGCGUUGCGGCAACGACUUCCUCUUCCACCAGAAUAAGAGGAGAUACAAGAAGCUAUACGACUGCUCCGGCUGCCUGGCUAAGUUCACGACCUGUUUGAAAUUAUCCAAUCAUGUGGGGGGCUGUAACUACUAUAAGAGAUCUCUUCAGGCUUUGGGCAAAAACGUCUCUCAGAUACACCCAUGCGAUGUUUGCCCAGUGAAGUGCUUCAGUCAAACCGAUUUGGCCGUUCAUAUAAAAGACAGGCACUCGGUGAGAUCGGAUCUGCCGAUAGUGGCGACUCAUCAAAAGUGCAGUCACUGCUCCCAGCCAUGUGACGCCCUGACGCACGAAUGCAAGAACCAACCGUAUAUAAAAUGCUGUGAGCUGUGCGACAGGAAGUUCCACAGGCCUAUAAACUAUCAGAUACACGUGAAAAACAACAGAAACCAGUACAAAUGCAAGGUCUGCGAUGAACAGCUGCCUGGGCAGUGCAUGGAAGUGAAGCAUCUGAUGAAGCACACCAACAACUUUGUGUAUCUAUACAGAUGUCUGCUCUGUCCCUCGCCGGUGUACUUCAGCAAGAAGAAUAUGCUGGAGGAGCACAACGACGCGCACCACCAGGAAAAUAGUACGAAAUAUUUCUUUGACGAGGUCGUUGUACCAAAGUCGCUGAUCAAAACGAAGAUAUUAAUCAGCAGACCAAGGAUAAGACGGAAAGACCAUCUCAAGCCUAUUAAACAAGUACAGAAUAAUGAGACGAAACCUCUCAGCAUUCCAUGGAUGCACCGUGCGGGGGCCGGGUCCAUGGGAGAUGUAGGGGAUACGGGUCAAACCCAGCAGAACAACACCGAACACCUGGAAACUAACGAGGCUAUGUACAACCUGGAGCCAGUGAUCACAAUAAAGAAGGAGUUGAACGAAGAUGACUUGAUGAGAGAAAUAAAACAGGAAGCCGAGGAGCUGAUGAUCUAUGAUGGGAUCGGUGAUGAGAUGGUGAUCAAACAGGAGAUAGUGGAACAUGUGAUACAAGUGUGUGAGUACGAUGACAUUAAUGUGGGGAUUAAAACCGAGCCAGCUGAUGAUGAUGAAGUUACCAACGACGAAUAUCUCUUGGACAUAAGAAACCUGGCUUACAACUGUACCAAGUUGUACAGCUGUAAGAAGUGCCUCUUCCAGGGUGUGCACCGGGAGUAUAUGGAACACCUCAAGAGCAAGUGCCUUCACCGCACAAAGUACUACUGCAGUAAAUGCAAAACCACGUACCUGACGAUGAAGAGGUACCUGGUUCACUUCAGGAGGCACGGCUACGAGGAGAACACCUGCCCCAAAUGCAUCAGGACAGUGGAGAUGAGCCAGCUCAUAGCGCACGUGUACCAGCACGUGAAGAACACCUUCAUCGGCUGCCACUACAUCAACGACAAGACCUUCAACAAGUGCUACCAGUGCAGGGAGUGUAGAGAGGUGGUGCAGUUCUGUGACUUCUUCAAGCACUGGGAGCUGCAUCUGGAACUGAAGACUGAAGACAGCGCUGGCAGGAACGACCUGGUGGAGAACAAACCGCUGCUCAAAGAACUCAUAGCGCUACUCCUCGGCGACACCAUGGACGUGUCCAAGGAGUUGCAUCCGAAGCAGUGCAUCAUGUGCCUGAAGCUGUUCUCCAGGAAGAACGACCUGAAGCGCCACCUCAUAGAACACCUGCUGAACGACGCGUACAGGAACAGGCAGAAGUAUGAGUGUCUCCGCUGCCAGAUAUGCAGCGUCGGCUUCAACAAGACGGACAUUUACAAGCGUCACAUGCGGGACCACGGCUCGCUGCCUCUCUACAAGUGUGAGAUCUGCGACAAGACCUUCAGUGACUCGAGUAACUUCUCCAAGCACAAGAAAGUACACAACAUGUCCGUGGUCAUCUGUGACAUAUGCAAGAAGAAGUUCACCUGCAAGGCCAUACUCGUCAAGCACAUGGAGUUACACAAGAUCCUUAAGCCAAUAUCGUGUGAGUGCUGCUCGCGGGUGUUCCACUCUCCGUCGCUGUACAGGAAGCAUCGCCUGGGGAAGAACAGGUUCAAAUGCCCCGCCUGCAAGGUGUUGUUCAACAAGCUCAAGGACAAGUGGGAUCACAUGUGGCUGGAGCAUAAGGAGAGGAAGUACAUAGCUGAUUGUCCGAUCUGCAAGAAAUCCUUCAGGAAGUACCAGGACGUGAAGGUCCACAUCAGGAGAGAACACGACGCCAAAUACGUGUACAGGCCCGUGUUCCACAGAGUAGAUGAAGAGGAGAUUAUAGUGUGCGACUAGCAUACAGGCUGCCGGAGUUGAUUUGAGCCAUGAGAUAUAUACAGAAAGGAAACUGUUCAUACAUUGACGGACUUACUUUAGAUUUAAAAAUAAAACAUAUUGCAUGCAUACAAAUUAGUUGAAAAAAUUGUAAAAAUUAAGUGUUUGUUUUUUAAUACAGUUAUCUCAGUAUGUAGAGAUGUGAUCUUCUUCAAGGUGAGCGUGUGGUAACCUCAUGUAUGUUGUAAAUCUUUUUCUAAAUCCUCUCCCUACUCCCUGAUCACUGACAUUCCUCUUACAAGGCGUUCCAUCUUCUUCGUCUCGAUGUUUCCCUCCAGUCACACGCUGUAUGAUAUAUUAAAUCAAUGAAUUUACAAAUAGUUCACAAGUUUACAGGCGUCUUAUAUCCUUGGAUAUAAUAUAUAUAUAUAUAUAUAUAAGGCCAACGUAACAAGAUAAAAAAUGUAAACAAGCGUUCAAUUCUAAGUAUAGGCAGUGUAUAUUUAAUUGUUAAGUUGUUUAAACGUGUCGGACUUAAUAAGGAAUAUAGUUCCGUGUUUCGUAUUAAGUAAUAUUAAUAUAAAUUUAUAUGAAGUGUAAUGUUUGUUUACAUAACUUAUCUUUUCUCGUUGGCCGCCAGUUAGUUAUAAAUUGACAUGUUAUGAGAUAUCAAGGAACGCUCGUUCCCGUUCUUGUAUUUGAUGAAGUUCUUUAUAAAAUUGUUAUUUUAAUGUUAAUGACCUGUUUUAAGCUGCACGUUGAGAUAUUUUGAAUAAAAACAUUGUUUUUA